CCAGCCCCCAGCCCCCAGCCCUCAGCCCCCAGCCCUCAGCCCCCCAGCCCCCCAGCCCUCAGCCCCCCAGCCCCCCAGCCCUCAGCCCCCAGCCCCCCAGCCCCCCAGCCCCCCAGCCCUCAGCCCCCAGCCCCCCAGCCCCCAGCCCCCAGCCCCCAGCCCCCAGCCCCUCAGCCCCCAGCCCCCCAGCCCCCCAGCCCUCAGCCCCCAGCCCCCCAGCCUCCAGCCCCCAGCCCCCCAGCCCCCAGCCCCCCAGCCCCCAGCCCCCCAGCCCCCCAGCCCCCCAGCCCUCAGCCCCAGCCCUCAGCCCCCAGCCCCCCAGCCCCCCAGCCCCCAGCCCCCCAGCCCCCAGCCCCCCAGCCCCCCAGCCCUCAGCCCCCAGCCCCCCAGCCCCCCAGCCCCCAGCCCCCAGCCCCCCAGCCCCCCAGCCCUCAGCCCCCCAGCCCUCAGCCCCCCAGCCCCCAGCCCCCCAGCCCCCCAGCCCCCAGCCCCCAGCCCCCCAGCCCUCAGCCCCCCAGCCCCCAGCCCCCCAGCCCCCCAGCCCCCAGCCCCCCAGCCCUCAGCCCCCCAGCCCCCCAGCCCUCAGCCCCCAGCCCCCAGCCCCCAGCCCCCAGCCCCCAGCCCUCAGCCCCCCAGCCCCCAGCCCCCCAGCCCCCCAGCCCCCAGCCCCCCAGCCCUCAGCCCCCCAGCCCCCCAGCCCCCAGCCCCCCAGCCCCCAGCCCCCAGCCCUCAGCCCCCAGCCCCCAGCCCCCAGCCCCAUCCUCUGUCCUCCUGUCUCAGGUUUCCUCCCACUUGUUGAUUUGCUGA